GCAUCACGCGCUACAACAGGAAGAAAAUAACCUGUCGGCUGAUUUCCUGUCGUCGUUUUCAGGUGAACGAUCGGAGCUGCAGCUGGUGUUCAGCAGGUGGAUGAUCAGGUUAACAGACUGUAGAGCUGCGGGAUCAUUCACAGCUGAAAUCUGUCGGGGAGUAGCUCAGGAAGCUAACAGCUAACCUGACUGCAGCUUUAAGAGAAGCUAACCGCUAACCUGACUGCAUCUAUAGCAGAAGCUAACAGCUAACCUACCUGCAGCUACAGGCUAAGCUAACAGCUAACCUACAUGCAGCUACAGAAGAAGCUAACAGCUAACCUGACUGCAGCUACAGGAUAAGCUAACAGUUAACCUACCUGCAGCUACAGAAGAAGCUAACAGCUAACCUACCUGCAGCUACAGAAGAAGCUAAAAGCUAACCUACCUGCAGCUACAGGCUAAGCUAACAGCUAACCUGAGUGGGACAAGCACUCUGGGUCUCCUUCAGAUGGAGGUAGAGGAGAUGGAAGAUGAAGGACCUUCGUCUCAGAACCAAACCUCAGAUGUGCAGCAGCAGCAGUUUCUGCAGAACUCUGCCUCUGAUCAGAACCUGUGUGUGGAUAAAAAGUCUGUGGACAAACUGACUGAAGGAUUCCUGUCUCACUACCUGCCGGACCUGCAGAACUCCAAACGGGCCCUUCAGGAGCUGACACAGAACCAGCUGAUCCUGUUGGACACUCUGGAUCAGGAGGUCACCAAGUUCAGAGAAUCUAACGCCAUUCUGGACCUGAACUCUCUGUUCACAGAAGCCAAAGUUUAUCACAACAAGCUGGUGACCAUCAGGAAGGAGAUGAUUCUGCUCCACGAGAAGACCACCAAACUAAAGAAACGAGCUCUGAAGCUGCAGCAGCAGAAGCAGAAGGAGGCGCUGGAGAAGGAGCAGCAGAGGGAGAAGGAGCUGGAGAGAGAGAGGCAGCUGACCGCCAAACCCGCCAAGAGAUCCUGAACCAGCUUCACAGGACCCGGUUCACAGGACCUGGUUCACAGGACCCGGUUCACAGGACCCGGUUCACAGGACCUGGUUCACAGGACCCGGUUCUCAGGACUUGGUUCACAGGACCCGGUUCACAGGACCUGGUUCACAGGACCCGGUUCUCAGGACUUGGUUCACAGGACCUGGUUCUCAGGACAGAUUCUAACCUGCUGCUGGCUUCAUUCAACAGAAAAACAAUCUGAGGUUAAGUUUGAGUUUAAACUCUUGUGAAAGAGUUUAUUAAAGCCUGAGUUGAUGAUGAAGGAAACUGAUCCAGAAACCAAAGAAAUCAUCGAGGAGGAGGAGGAGGAGGAGGACUCCUUCAGUCCUGCAGAUUCAAGUGUUCCUGUUAGUGAUGAAGGUCAGGAUUAAAUCAAAGUUUAUGAUGAUCAGAGAGGAUUAAAUGUUCUUUGAUCUUCUGUUUGAUCUUUCUUUAAGAAGCUUCUUUGCACCAGAGUUUCUACAGUUAAUAAUAAAAACAAUAAUGCAAAAUAAACGUCUUUUAUUUGAUCAUGUUUAAAACAUCUAAACUUUACAAACUGCAGCACUAAUGAUCAUUAAAUUAAUUUAAAAUUA